AAAGUGGGACAUAUAUAUGAUCUAGGGCUUUCAUUCGUGGCGUAUCACUGUGCGGAGAAAACAGACGAUUUGUGCGGAGUAAUCACUGUGAAUUUUGAAUGGAGGAAUCGAUUCGUUUUUUCAAGCUUAACACCGGCGCCAGAAUACCGUCGGUUGGGCUCGGAACCUACCAGGCUGCUCCCGGAGAGGUUGGUGAGGCCAUCACCGCGGCGAUUAAGGAUACCGGCAUAUUGAUUGCUCCCCGUUAUAUGGCAACGAGAAGGAGAUUGUUCCAGAUUGGUGAUACCUUAAAGAAGCUAUUUGGAAGCGGUGUGGUGAGGCGUGAGGAGUUAUGGAUUACUUCUAAACUCUGGUGUUCGGACCAUGCUCCAGAUGAUGUGCCAUUGGCUUUGAGCAGAACUUUGAAUGAUUUGCAGCUUGACUAUGUUGAUCUUUAUCUGAUUCACUGGCCAGCCAGUUUGAAGAAAGGUUCUGUGGGAGUAAGACCAGAGAACCUUACUAAAGUUGAUAUACCUAGCACAUGGAAAGCAAUGGAAGCACUUUAUGAUGUUGGAAAGGCCCGAGCUAUUGGCGUUAGCAAUUUCUCUUGCAAGAAGCUGAUUGAUUUGUUGGAUGUGGCUCGCAUUCCUCCUGCUGUCAACCAGGUGGAGUGUCACCCUUCAUGGCAGCAACCACAGCUACAUUCACUCUGUAAAUCCCGAGGGGUUCACCUAUCAGGACAUCGCCCCCUCGGCUCCCCUGGCAAAGCUGGUCUGAAAACUGAAGUGCUUAAACAUCCAGUUCUGAUUUCAAUUGCUGAAAAACUGGGCAAGUCUCCAGCACAAAUUGCCUUGCGAUGGGGGUUGCAGAUGGGCCAUAGCUUGAUCCCAAAGAGCAGCAAUGAGAAGAGGAUCAAAGAAAAUUUUGAUGUGUUUGAUUGGUCCAUUCCAGAAGAUUUGUUUGCCCAAUUUUCUCAAAUUGAACAGGUGAGGCUAGUUUCAGGAAGUAUGUUUGUGCACGAGACAUUGGGCUCCUACAGAACCGAGCAAGAGCUCUGGGACGAUGAACUCUGAGUAGGAACUCAAUCUUGGCUUAUUAUUUGUAGCAAAAUGCUGCAUUAUUUGCACUCUGAUUCAUUUCCAAUUUUACUUGUGGACGAAUGAGACACUUUUAUUUAUUUCAAUAAAUAAAUUCACUGUGUGA